AUGACCCGUCUUGCCAGCGCAUUCCAGCUCCUCGUGUUCCUCUUGUUACUGGGCACGAGUAGCUCAGCCGUUCACAACGACGACACAGAGUCAUUCAAUGUCCAGCCGCUCCACGACACGCAGCACAAGCUGGCUGGUGAAGCCACGAACAAAGCGAGGAACGGCGGGAGAGGGCCGGCUGAUACUGCGCGUAAUGGCCCAGACCAGAGUCAGGUGGGUUGCAGGGAGCUGAGGUCCACAAAAUACAUCUCUGAUGGCCAAUGCACCAGUCUCAACCCCAUCAAGGAGCUGGUGUGUGCUGGGGAGUGCCUACCAGCCCACCUGCUGCCCAACUGGAUCGGCGGUGGGAGUUACACAGGGAGGUAUUGGAGCCGCCGCGAGGCCCAGGAGUGGCGCUGCAUCAUUGACCGCACUCGGACCCAGCGGAUCUGGCUGCAGUGCCAGGACGGGAGCUCUAGGACCUACAAGAUAACUGUGGUGACCUCCUGCAAGUGCAAACGGUAUUCCAGAAAGCAGAAUGUCUCAGAACACAAGGACACAACUGCCAACAGUGGCAAACAGAGGAAAAAUCAGAGAAUGACUCAGUGA